AUGAGCAAUAAGACCAGUAACGAGACCACUAUGGUCGCUGAGAAGCCUCCUAAGGCGCCGGAGGAGAAGCCCAGUGAGAAGUCUGUCGAAGCGGACAACAUGUCGGUUAAAGCCACCACGGGUCAUGGAGUCAAAGGCCAUGAGAAGGCUGCGCCCGAAGCGAAAGAGGUGCGCUAUGCUUCCUACUACGGGGAUGGCAGUGGCCUCCCACUUCGACCUGACGCUGUAAAGGAUUGCUACUUCACCGAAGAAGAAGCCGAAGGGUUGCUGGAAGGGGAGGAUAAAGAUAAGCCCCGCUAUGCUCAUCUCUACGGUGAUGGCAGCGGCCUUCCGCUUCGGCCCGGUAUGGGGCCCCCUAGGACCGAGGAAGAGUUCGAGGAAGAGUAUAAGAAGAUCGAGGCCGAAGAGGACAAGACUUUUAACAUGUCUGAGGAGGGGUUCAAUGUCGAGUUUCCGGAAUACAGCAAGUUCACUAGUUGA